AUGGCAUCACUCGUCGACAAACUGACCGCCUCUGGAGGCACCGAAUCCGCAGGAUUCCUCAACGACAUCAUCGAACAAUUAUGGCCCAACAUCAACGUUGCUGGGUGCAAGAUGGUGAAGGACAUCGUCGAACCUAUGUUUGCCACCAUGCUCCCAGGUCCUCUCUCUUCCCUCAAGUUUGUCAAACUUGACCUUGGUCCUGUUCCCAUGCGUGUCUCCGAGGUGGAUGUUCACAAGGCCGACAACGGCGGCAUCAAGCUCGACAUGGACGUAAUCUGGGAGGGAAAGAGUGACAUUGAGCUCGAUGGGAAAAUGGUUCCAAAAAUGAUUGGAGCUGCACAAGUUGCCUUUAUCAAUCCUCCUGAGCUCAAGCUCGAUUUCACCAACGCAGCCAAUAUCGCUGAUUGGGCCUUGGUUGACAAGGCCGUCCGAAAAGUCAUUCUUAACAUUAUCUCCUCUAUGGCGGUUCUUCCCAACCGCUAUCUUGUUAAGCUCGACAACAACAACGACUACUUCAAGACCUACCUUCCCCACCUUGGUGCUCUGCGACUGACUGUCGAAAGGGCAGUUGGUAUCAGCGGUCCCAAGAAGAGUGGCGCUAAGAGGUUGUUGGCCAAGAUUGUGAAGGAUAUACCCGACUGCUACUGCAAGGUCAAUGUUGGCGCUGAGGAUGAAUGGCGUACGACAGUUAAGAAGAACGCUCAUGAUCCAGAAUGGAACGAGACGCACGACUUCCUUGUCGCAGACCACGACCAGCAGAUCUUCAUUGACAUUCAGGACGAUGAUCUAGGAGGCGAUGACGAUAUCGGCAUCGCCUCUACCACUGUGAGAGAUGUUCUGCUCAAUGGCGGUUCUCAGCAGUUGGAUCUUACUCAUAAGGGAGAGCCCACCGACGCCAAGGUUCUCGUCCACGCCAAGUUCUUCAACUUUGUAGAUGACGCCGGUGCCAUUACAUCCACGCAGAGCCAGAGCGAGGGACAGAUCGUCGGUCUCGCCACAGUUCUCAUCGCUAGCGCUCUUGGACUCCAGGGCCAGCGUGACGAGCUGAACCCCAGCAUCAAGGUGACGUGGGGCGCAAAAGAGUUCCGCACCGCGGCCAAAUCCUAUACCCCUGGAACUGACAUCUUCAACCCGUCCUUUGACCAGGCUUUCCGCAUUCCCGUGACGGCAGACUUGAUCGCCAACCCAGCAAACUUUAAGAUUUCUCUUCUGAACAAAACCAACGAGACCGGUUCUGUCGAGAUCCCCUUCGAAGACGUGCUGCGGGCUCCUGGCCUGGUUAGAGAGGAGAGUUUCGACGUUGGCUCUGGUGCUACGGUUAGAGCCAGCAUCUCUCUUCGCGGUUUGCAAUCAGCUCAUUGA